UCCAUAACCCAGCGUGCAUCAUGUAUUUUACUGAACGUUAACCAGUGGAACUUGUCAGUAGAUUUGUCAGCUACUUAACCAGUGGAACUUGUCAGUAGAUUUGUCAGCUACGGAAGACCCGAUCGAGGCACUAUAAAGUGUAAACUUGGAGAAUUGAAGAUUCUCCGGCUCAACGGUCAACCUCUUUCGUGCACAGUCCAUAUCCAUUCCACAAACACGAGUCAAAAUGGCAACGUAUCUGAUCACCGGAGCAUCUCGUGGUUUGGGACUGACCAUUGCGUCUAUCCUGGCCUCCCAGCCCGAGUCAGCGGUCGCGACAAUCUUUGCGGCUGCACGCCGGGACAAUUCUGCUCAACUGAAAGAGCUGAGAGAGAAGCAUCCUGGACGAGUCAAGUUCGUCCAGCUGGACGUGAGCGAUGACAAGAGUGUCGAGGAGGCCGCCCGUUCCGUUGAACAGGAACUAAAUGGCAAGGGUCUUGAUGUGUUGAUUAAUAAUGCGGGAGUCAUGCCUUGGAUCCACGGGGGCAUAGAAAAGAUGGACGAUCUGAAUGACACCUUCAACACCAACGUCACUGGUGUCCAUCGCGCGACCAGGCAUUUCCUGCCACUGUUGCGCAAAGGCCAGCAGAAAAAAGUGGUGAACAUUUCAUCAUCCGUCGGCUCCAUUUCUUUGGCUUCUCGAUACCAGCACUUGUCCACACCGUCGUAUAAGAUUACCAAGGCUGCCUUGAAUGCUCUGACGGUCGAUUAUGGCCUCACAUUUGCCAAGGAAGGGUUCACCUUCAUUGUAAUAAGCCCGGGUUGGCUCCAAACAGACCUUGGUGGAAGCGCAGCUGAUCUGCCAGUUGAAGUUGGUGCGAAGGAAGUGGUCCGGAUCACCAACGAAGCAACUAAAGAUGACAAUGGGAAGUUCUUCGAUAUUAACGUUCCCCAAUGGGAUUCAAAGGACAGCCGUGAUGCCGGGAUGUACCGUGGCAGUAUUCUUCCAUGGUAAUACUCUAGUGCUCUGUAAGAAGGGCUCAGCGAAUGUAUGUACGUAGCAUAGGUUUUGAAACGGCCGAGUCUAAUGUUUUUUCUUGUCAA